AUGCCUUGCUGUCUGCCGGAUCAGCGGGUGGGGAGGCGUCCUGCUGGGCGCCGGCCGCUGCUCCAUCAGGUGGAGUUCCGGAUCGACGGCGUGAUGGAAUCAGCGCUGAUGGAGAUUGAAUUAGCGAGCGGCGCCGCUGACAGAGCGUCUCUGAGCGGCUCUUUGGACGGGAUUCCUGGGAAUCCGACGAACCACUGCGCCCCUGACUGCCCGGCCUCCAUCGCCUCCAUCGCCGUGUGCGUGACGGAUGAAAUCAGAGUGCCCCGCCUGGCGCUGUCGGCGGGCGGCAGCGACUGCCUGCGCGCCGGGGACGCCUGCUCCGGCGACGACUCGUGCAGCCCGCGGCUGCGGACGCUGCGGCAGUGCGUGGCGGGGGACGGCAGCGUCAAGCUGGGCCCCGGGGCGCGGAACCAGUGCGAGAACGCCAUGACGGCGCUGCUGUCCACGCCGCUGCGCGGCUGCCAGUGCAAACGGGGCAUGAAGAGGGAGAAGAACUGCCUGAGCAUCUACUGGAGCCUGCACCAGUCCGUGCUGCACGGACUCAGCCUGGUGGAGAGCUUCCCGUACGAGGCGGAGGAGCGCGGCUCCGACUACGUGCGCCUGGCGUCCAUCGCUGCAGAGUCCGAAGUGACGGCGGUGAACCGCUGCCUGGACGCCACCAAGGCCUGCAACAUCGACGAGACGUGCCAGAAGCUGCGCACCGAGUACGUGUCGGCCUGCAUCCAGCCGUCGGCGCGCUCGGGGCCGUGCAACCGGCCCAAGUGCAGCAAGGCGCUGAGGAAGUUCUUCGACCGGGUCCCGCCCGACUACACCCACGAGCUGCUGUUCUGCCCCUGCACCGACACGGCCUGCGCCGAGCGCCGCCGGCAGACCGUCGUCCCGGCCUGCUCCUACGAGGACAAGGACAAGCCCAACUGCCUGGCCCAGCUGCGCGUCUGCAAGGCCGACUACGUCUGCAGGUCCCGCUGGACGCAGUUCCAGUACGACUGCCAGCCCGGGGAGCCGAGCGCCGGCGGCUGCCAGCAGGAGAACUACGGAGCGUGUCUGCUGGCCUACACCGGGCUGAUCGGAAGCACCAUCACUCCCAACUACCUUGACAACUCCACGUUGGACGUGGGGCCGUGGUGCUCCUGCGCGGCGAGCGGCAACCAGCGGGAACAAUGCGGCGACUUCCUCGCCUUCUUCCAUGACAACGUCUGCCUGAAAAACGCCAUCUUGGCUUUCGGGAACGGAUCUGAUGUGAAAACCGGCCAGCCUGGAAUUCCAAGUCCAGCAGCAGACAGCCUGAGUCCCAACCUGGCAACCACUGGCCUGGGCGUCUCCAUGGAAACAGAGCAGAGCAUCCUGCAAGCACAGAUACCCACUCAGAGGAUGUCCCUGCUUUCAGAGAGUCCGAGGCCCCUGAGGAUCUCUGGUAACUCCUCCACGGUGGACCCAGCCGGCCGGUCCUGA